GAAUGGGAUACGAUCACCAACCACAAAAGUAAGAAGCACACCAGAGUUUGAUGUUGUGUAAUAAUAAUUGAAUGCCACCAAGAAGAGUUAGAAAGCAGAGGAGAUAGAGAUGUCAAGUAGAAUGCAGUACUGUUACAACCAUGUUCUGCCAUUGACAGCCAUGGUUGCUGUGGAGUGCACAAAUGUAGGGUUAAACGUUCUAUUCAAAGAAGCAACAGCAAAGGGGAUGAACCGCUAUAUCUUCAUCACUUAUUCUUAUGCUGUUGGAACUCUUCUUCUCCUCCCUUUAUCCUUCAUCUUUCCCAGUAAUAGAACAGUGAUUCCCUCUUUGAAAUUCCACCUUGGCUCUAGAAUUUUCCUUCUUGGCCUUAUUGGGUAUUUAGCGCAAAUAUGUGCAUAUAAGGGUAUAGAUUAUAGCUCCCCAACUCUUGCUUCUGCCAUCAGCAAUCUUGAACCAGCUUUGACCUUCAUACUUGCUGUUCUUUUCAGAUUGGAAAGAGUAGCUUUGAGAAGCUCCAGCGGUCAAGCUAAAAUCAUAGGGACUAUAGCAUCAAUUUCAGGUGCAUUACUAGUUGUUCUUUACAAAGGUCCUAAUGUUUUAGUUCAAUGGCCCUUGGAAUCUUCAGAGCCAAAUUGGGUCAUUAGUGGGAUCUUACUUGCUACUGCCUAUCUUCUAUUUUCAAUUUGGUACAUUGUUCAGACCCAAGUAUUGGAGAUUUACCCAGCUGAGCUGAUUGUUGCAUUGUUUUACAACUUAUGUGGAGCAAUUAUCUCUGUACCUGUUUCCUUAAUAACACAACCUAAGUUGAGUUCUUGGAUACUAAGGCCUAGUGUUGCAGUCAUUGCAGUACUAUACUCGGGUGUUUUCCAAUCCUUUAGCUCACUUGUGGUCACAUGGGGCCUUCAUUUGAAAGGGCCUGUAUACAUUGCAAUUUUUAGCCCUGUAUCAAUCGCCAUUGCUGCUUUUAUGAGUGCAAUUUUCCUUGGUGAUUCUCUGCAUCUUGGAAGUAUUAUUGGUGCAAUUAUAAUAUCAAUGGGAUUUUACGCUGUAAUAUGGGGUAAAGCGAAGGAAGGUGGAAGGGAUUCAUCAUCUAGUGAUAAAGUUCCCCUGUUGAAAGUGGAAGACAUUGUAGAAUAGCUGAAUUGAUUAUUAAUUGUUCCUGGAAUCAUAAAAUGAUUAGUUCAAUGGCAAUUGCAAUACAAUAAGAACACCAAAAGCGGUUUUGGAUUUUCUCAGAA